AUGCUCACCCCGAUCCCGCAGCCGCCCGGCGUCCCCGUCCUGGGCAACAUCUUUGAUGUGAAUCCCAACAACACGUGGGCAUCGCUCAAGGGUCUGGCGGAGAAAUAUGGCGAGAUCUUCCAGAUCAAGGUGCUCGGCCACCCCAUCGUCUUUGUCGCCUCGUCCGCCCUGGCCGAGGAGCUCUGCGACCAGAAGCGGUUCCGCAAGUACGUCGGCGGCCCCAUCAAAGAGAUCCGGUACGCGGUGCACGACUCGCUCUUCACGGCGUACGAGGACGAGGCGUCGUGGGGCAUCGCGCACCGCAUCAUCGCGCCGCAUCUCAGCCCUGCUGCUGUCCGCGGUGGCGAGGGUGAGAUGAACGAUAUUGUGGACGAGUUGUUCGCCAAGUGGGCGCGGCUCAACAACGACAAUAGCAAUGGGAAGAGUGACGGCGGCAGCAGCGGCAGCAGCAACACGGUCCAGCUGGUCGGCGAGCUGAACCGGCUCAACCUCGAGACGACGACGUACACGCUGUACGGGCACAAGCUGAACCAGCUCGACACGCCGGCCGAGCACCCGAUGCUCAAGGCCAUGGAGGACAGCACGUCCGAGGCCAUGAAGCGGCCCACGCGGCUCAGCCUCGUGAACUGGCUCGUGUACGGCGGCAAGCUGAAAAAGUCGACAAAGGUGAUGCGCGACUACGCGGCCGAGAUUGUGGCACACCGCCGCAAGAACGAACAGGAGGGGACGACGACGGCGGCGACGCACAACAGCCGGAGAAAGGACCUCCUCGACGCGCUGCUCACGGCCAAGGACCCCGAGACCGGGCUCGGGUUCACCCCGUCCCAGGUCAUUGACGAGAUUGUCACCAUGCCCAUCGGCUCGAGCACCGCGCCCUGCCUGCUCGCCGCGGCCGUCUACUUCCUCCUGCAGAACCCACAAGUCGUGACCAAGGCUCGCGCCGAGCUCGACCGCGUGACGGGCAGCGGUGGCAGUGGCAGUGGUAGUGGUAGUGCUGCUGCUGCUACUACCCCGGGCUUCACACUGGAGCAGCUCGACCAGCUCACCUACACGGCCGGCGUCCUGCGCGAGGCCCUACGCCUCUCCUGCGCCGCUCCCGGUUUCAACAUCGAGCCCAUCCCGCGCGCCGACAAGAAGGACAAGUCCCCGGUCCUCCUGGCGGGGGGCAAGUACGCCGUCGCGCACAACCAGGCCAUGAUCAUCGUGCUCGCGGGCGUGAACCGGGACCCGGCCGUGUUUGACGAGCCGCUCGAGUUCCGGCCCGAGCGCAUGGUGGGCGAGCAGUUCGACGCCCUGCCCCAGGGGGUCAAGAAGUGGUUCGGCAACGGCAAGCGCGAGUGCAUCGGCAAGCACUGGGCCUGGCAGUUCAGCCUGAUCGCCCUGGCCAGGAUGAUCCGCGACGUCGACUUUGAGGCCGCGGACCCGGGCUACGAGUUUAGGCAGGACGGUUGGUUCAACAUCCGCCCCGUCGACUUCUAUGUCAAGGUCAAGCCGAGGAAGGGGGGCUUGUGAAGCGAGAAAGGGGAGUCUGUGCAGGCG